UGUCACUUUUCCGUGGCGGCUCCGCAAGGCGAAGCGCAUGCGCCUAAACAAAACAUCGCGACUCUUCCAUUCCCCUCCAGCAACCUUUUUGGACGACAAGAACGGAGGCCACAACGACUACCCUUACUCCGCGUCCGAACCCGUGUUACCUUUGUUUCCCGUCUGUGACACUGGCUUGAAGAGUUGUUCUUUGGAUUAAUACUUUCAAGAUGGAUUACAACGCCCUCCGCGACGAGGCCGUACGCGACCGCGUGCGCCAGGCCCAGGAGUUCCUUGAUCCUCAUGACCAGCAUCAGCGAAGCUACAGACCAGACAUUGUGUUGAUGCUCCAGAAGAACCAAAGGAGACUCGUCGUCAACAUCGAUCAUGUCCGCGAUCACAGCUCUGAGAUGGCCGAGGGUCUACUUACCGAUCCCUUCAACUGGACCCUCGCCUUCAACCAUGCGCUCAAGACCAUCGUCAGCACCGUCCCCCAGGCCCGCCCCGAUCAAAUAGACGCCGACGUCUUAUACUAUUGUGCCUGGGCUGGAAGCUUUGGUCUACACACCUGCAACCCCAGGACACUGUCCUCCCAACACCUCAACAAUAUGGUCUCGAUUGAGGGCAUCGUAACAAGGACAUCCCUGAUCCGCCCCAAGGUUGUCAAGAGUGUACACUACAGCGAAGCCAAGAAGACCUUCCACUACCGCGAGUACCGCGACCAGACCAUGACAAACGGCAUUGUCACCAACAGCGUCUACCCGCGCGAAGACGAGGAGGGCAACCCGCUCGAGACCGAAUACGGCUUUUCGACCUACCGCGAUCACCAGACCAUUUCCAUCCAGGAAAUGCCGGAGAGGGCACCUGCUGGUCAGCUGCCCCGAGGCGUCGAUGUCAUUCUCGACGAUGACCUGGUAGACCGCGUCAAGCCUGGCGACCGUAUCCAGCUCGUCGGCAUUUUCCGGACGUUGGGCAACAGAAACACAAACCACAAUAGCGCCCUGUUUAAGACGGUCAUUCUCGCCAACAACAUCGUCCUGCUUUCCUCCAAGUCGGGUGGUGGGGUGGCUACAGCUACCAUUACCGACACCGAUAUCCGCAAUAUCAACAAGAUUUCCAAGAAGCCAAAAGUUUUCGAGUUGCUUUCGCAGUCACUGGCUCCCAGUAUCUACGGACAUGAUUACAUCAAGAAGGCUAUCCUGCUUAUGCUGCUGGGCGGCAUGGAGAAGAACUUGGAGAACGGUACACAUUUGAGAGGUGACAUCAACAUCCUGAUGGUCGGUGAUCCUUCCACAGCCAAGUCGCAGCUCCUUCGUUUCGUCCUCAACACUGCUCCAUUGGCAAUCGCCACGACUGGUCGUGGUUCUUCCGGUGUUGGUUUGACUGCUGCUGUCACAUCCGAUAAGGAGACUGGCGAGCGUCGUCUGGAGGCUGGUGCCAUGGUUAUGGCUGACCGUGGCGUCGUCUGUAUCGAUGAGUUCGACAAGAUGUCAGACAUCGAUCGUGUUGCCAUCCACGAAGUCAUGGAACAGCAAACUGUUACCAUUGCCAAGGCCGGUAUUCACACCUCCCUUAACGCCCGUUGCAGUGUUAUCGCCGCGGCCAACCCUAUCUUUGGACAGUACGACACACACAAGGACCCUCACAAGAACAUCGCCUUGCCCGACUCCCUCCUGUCGCGUUUCGAUCUUCUCUUCGUCGUCACCGACGACAUCGAGGACACCCGUGACCGACAGGUAUCCGAGCACGUCCUUCGCAUGCACCGCUACCGCCAACCCGGCACCGAGGAGGGUGCUCCUGUGCGCGAGAACGCCGGUCAGGCCCUCAACGUCGCCCUCAACGGGCAAUCCGAGUCCCAAAAGCCCACCGAGAUGUGGGAAAAGUACGAUGCCAUGCUGCACGCCGGAAUCAAGGUACCCAGCGGCCGCGGGUCUGCCAACAAGAAGCCCGAGAUCCUUAGUAUCCCCUUCAUGAAGAAGUAUAUUCAAUACGCCAAGACGCGCAUCAAGCCGGUACUGACGCAGGAGGCUUCGGACCGCAUUGCUGACAUCUACGUCGGCCUGCGCAACGACGACAUGGAGGGCAACCAGCGCAAGACGUCGCCCAUGACGGUCCGUACGCUCGAGACGCUCAUCCGUCUGGCCACCGCCCACGCCAAGGCACGCCUGUCCAACCGCGUCGAGGAGCGCGACGCCGCCGCUGCCGAGUCCAUCCUCCGCUUCGCCCUUUUCAAGGAGGUGGUCCAGGACGAGUCGCGCAAGAAGCGCAGAAAGACCCGGCCCGCCGAGGGCGAGGAUGGCAUGUCCUCCGACUCUGACGACUCUGAUGACGAUGACGGCGACGUGGCAACUCAAACCACCACAGCCCGCUCCAGCGCUGCCAGAGCUUCUCGCGCUUCCCGCGCUUCCCAACGCGCCAGCCGACGCACUCCCGCCAAUGGCGCUUCUUCCUCCUCCGCAAACGCCAACGGCACUCCCGGCGGAGAGGAAGAAGAAACCCAAGGAGCAGAAGAGGAAGAAGACAUCUACGACGCCACCCCUCGCCGCUCAACAAGAUCUUCUCGCACAACCGGCGACUCACAACCAUCCUUCGCCUCUUCCCUUCCCGCCUCGCAACUUCGCUCCACUCGCUCCCAACGAUCAUCUCGUCGCACCGCUCAUAACCAAGAUGACGAAGAAGAAGAACUUGCCUCCGGAGCCGCCAACCUCAAUGUCGAUGAAGACGAAGAAAUGGACGUCGACGGCGAAGCUGCCCCAGAAAACCAAGAGGAGGAAGAGGAGGAGGAAGAGGAAGAAGAUGAAGAGCCAGCACCAAUAAGCGAGCACCGUCUUGACGUUUUCCGUCGGGCGCUCGGUCCGUUGUUGAACUCGGGACUUUUCGAGGACGAUGCGGCGGAUGUGGAUGAGCUGAUCAAGGCUGUUAAUGAGAAGAUCCCUGGAGGCAGGAGAGGUGGUGAACAAAGGUUUGAGAAGGAGGAGGCGCUGCAGGCGCUGAGGGAGAUGACGGAACGGAAUCAGUUGAUGUAUACCGAUGGUCAGCUAGUGUACAAGAUCUAGUCUGGCGGACCGGAAAGGUUAAAAAACCGAGUUGAUGCUGUGUUUAGGAAACAGGUAGAAAUGAUUUUAGGUGGGUCAUAGAUAUGGAUGAGAAAAGUACUAUGACGGAUAUGGUUUAGACAGAGAGGCAUGCCA